AUGCUGAAGUUGAAACGUCAAAGUGAAAACCAAAGAAGAAAAAAUAAAGUCAAUAAUAUGAGACAACGAAGAAAUGAAGAUAGAAGUAUGAUUAAUACCAGCAGCAGUGAAAGUGGAAGUGAAAAUAAUGAAAAAAGUGAUAAUAUGAGAAUUUCUUCAAAAUUAAGACAGCGGAAAUACCUUUCAAUCACGAAAAAUUCAAUGAAGCACAAAAAUAGAAUGAAGAACUACCAUGCUUCCUCAAAUUUUAAAGAAAAACAUAAAAUUUAUGAAAAGAUUCGUUUAUCUGACUUUGAUGAGCACGAAAAACACUUGGUGAAAGUGAAAAUUUCUCAAAAACAAAAAUUAAAAAAUCCAGAACAGAGAAGAAUACAUCAAAAAAGGUUAAUAAAAGCUCAAGAACAACGACUACAAGAUCCACAAAAGAGAAAAACACAUCAGAAUAGGUUAAAAAAAGCUCAAGAACAAAGAUUAAAGGAUUCACAAAAGAGAAAAAUACAUCAGAAUAGGUUAAAAAAAGCUCAAGAACGAAGAUUACAAGAUGUAAAUAAAAGAAAAAUACACAGAUUGAGACUAAAAUUGGCACAAUCAACUUUGACACAUCUAGAAGAACGAUUUAUUUGCCCACGAAUUCCAUUUAUGAUGAUAAGAGCUGUAAUUAAUGGCGGACAAUAUCUAGUAAAAGGUCGAGCUGUUAAUGUACCAACAAAUGUUGAGACUUCUGUAAGUAUUCUUCCUAGAGUUCAAUCAGAAGCCAUGGUUAUUCCGAUAUGCUUUCGAAGAAAAAAAUUAUUCGAAUCUAUCGUUAUGUUUGAAAACGUUCGACCCAAAGCAAUAGAAAAAGCUCCGAAUAUAUUAAAAAAUUCAGAAGUUUACAAACAUUGUAAAAUAAAGUUGGAUUUUUCUAGAAUUAAAAAUAUUCAAAAAUUUCAAUUUAAUAAUGAAAUCAAAAAAGGUAGCAUUACUAAUCAGAAUAGCAACAAAAAUAGUAACAGCAAUCAUAAUAAUAUUAAUCGAAACAAUGAUGAUGAUAAUGAUGAUGAUGAUAAUGAAGAUGAUGAUGAUGAUAAUGAUGAAAACAGUAGUUCUGAUGAAGACGAACCUGCUAAUGAUGAAGAUGAGUCUACAUUAUUAAUGACUCAAGCUAUCAUUUUCGCACCAGGAGAAGGUGAAAAACCAGUAUCAUUAUUUGAUAAAUUCACAGAAGCAUUAAGUUUUAUCAAAAUAUAUGGUGGAAAGUUAAUUCAAAAACCUAAAAAUAUAUCAUAUCAAAAUUGGAUUAAAUCAGAGAUCAUGAGAUCAGAUCGAAAAUGUGCCAGUAUUACCAAAUUUUUACAAGAGAACGAUGAUGAUGAUAAAGUAACAGAUAAUGAUUUAAUGCGUUUGUGGGCAAAAAUCCAGUCAUCUUUUAAAGUAACUACGACUUAUGAUGUGGUAAUAGGUCUCAAUGAAGAUGGAUACAUCAUAAAUGCUGUAUGUCAAUGUCCAGCAUCAGAAUCUCUGAAUUGUUCACAUAUCGUCGCGUUACUUUUUACACUUGAAGAAUAUACGCUUCAAUAUGGAUUCGAAUCACUGACUUGUACUUCAAAAAUAAAAGAAUGGAAUCAAGGUCGUAAAACUGGAAAUAAUCCCUCAAGUAUCAUUACUGCUGAGUAUCAAAAAUCUAAAUCAACGAAAAAUUCUAGUGAAAAUGAUGAAAAAAAAAAUCUAAUCCAGUUAAAAAUAGAAAAGCUCCAAAAUAAUUUAAGCUCAUCUACGCUUGGUCCAUUUGAGAUUGAGUUAGAACAAAAUAGUCCGUCAUGGCUCAAUGCACAAAGAUACCGAAUCACUGCAUCAGAUUGUAAAUCGUUUUAUACAAGCAAAGAUUUAACAAAUCUAAUAAAUACAAAAUUAUGGCUAGAAACACAGGAUAUUAGUCACUUGCCUGCGAUUGCUUACGGUAGAGAAAAUGAGUCAACUGCAAUUCAAGAAUAUUUGGCGUCUAUUAACAGGACUCAGAUUAUAAGGCCAGGAUUGAUCGUCAAUACUAAGUUCCCAGGACUUGGUUGUAGCCCAGACGGAUUAAUUUUUGAAAAUAAUGAACUUCUCUACUGUAUUGAAAUAAAGUGUCCUUACACGCUGAAAAAUUGCUCACCACUAACUUUAGCUGGAGUAAAAAAUCCAAAUAAUUUGUGCUAUACUGUUAAAAAUGAUCAAAUUGCUUUAAUAAGGAAUCAUACUUAUUAUUAUCAAGUUCAACUAACAUUGGCUAUUUUAGAGUUGCAGUAUUGUGAAUUUAUUGUCUGGACACCCAAGAAUGGUUUUGUAGUCGAGAAGAUUUCUGGAGAUGAAAAUUUUAUAAAAGCUCUUACCACUAAAUUAUGUAAAGUCCAUAAUAUUUUAGCUAUGGAAUUUUUUGAGAUAAGACUACCACAAAAGCUACCACUACUUGUGAUAAACGUAUAA